AAGGUGCCGCGUCCGAGGCGGCGGACAGAAAACUAGGGGUGUUGGCCGACGCUGGGUGGACCUGGUUGCAGCUCCUGAGUGGUCCGAGUUUCCAUUGAUGGAGCAAAGGUGUUCCUUCGAGGACCAUUAGCAAGCUUCGGCUUUGCCCCUGAUCGAUUUGUCCUGAUUCCGGCAGUACCCCCUCUAGACGCUCUCACCCCAACCCCGGCGGAUGGAGUCACUCCUGCCAAAGGACUGCAGGCUACCAGACCUGCUCCCUAGUCCGAAACAAUCAAUGGAGGCCCCACUGCAAACCGGAAUGGUGCUGGGCGUGAUGAUCGGGGCCGGAGUGGCGGUGCUGGUCACCGCCGUACUCAUCCUCUUGGUGGUGCGAAGGCUACGGGUGCAAAAAACUCCAGCCCCGGAGGGUCCCCGGUAUCGGUUCCGGAAGCGGGACAAAGUGCUUUUCUAUGGCCGGAAGAUUAUGCGGAAGGUGUCACAAUCCACUUCUUCCCUGGUGGACACAUCAGUCUCCACCACUUCCCGACCCCGCAUGAAGAAGAAACUGAAGAUGCUUAACAUUGCCAAGAAGAUCUUGCGGAUCCAAAAGGAGACCCCGACCCUACAACGGAAGGAGCCCCCACCUUCAGUGCUGGAGGCUGACCUCACAGAGGGUGACCUGGCCAAUUCCCACCUACCCUCUGAGGUGCUCUACAUGCUUAAGAAUGUUCGGGUGCUGGGUCACUUUGAGAAGCCACUCUUCCUGGAGCUCUGCCGGCACAUGGUUUUCCAGCGUCUUGGGCAGGGGGACUACGUUUUUCGGCCUGGUCAGCCAGAUGCCAGCAUCUACGUGGUUCAGGAUGGGCUGCUGGAGCUCUGUCUACCGGGCCCUGAUGGGAAGGAGUGCGUGGUGAAGGAAGUGGUCCCUGGAGACAGCGUCAACAGCCUUCUGAGCAUCCUUGAUGUCAUCACGGGUCACCAGCAUCCCCAGCGGACUGUUUCGGCUCGGGCUGCACGGGACUCCACAGUGCUGAGACUCCCCGUGGAAGCCUUCUCAGCCGUCUUCACCAAGUACCCUGAGAGUCUGGUGCGAGUAGUGCAGAUCAUCAUGGUGAGGCUGCAGAGGGUCACCUUCCUGGCCCUUCACAAUUACCUGGGUCUGACCAAUGAACUCUUCAGCCACGAGAUCCAGCCCCUACGCUUGUUCCCCAGCCCUGGCCUCCCGACCCGAACCAGCCCUGUCCGUGGCUCUAAACGGGUAGUCAGUACCUCAGGUACCGAGGACACCCCGAAGGAGACCUCUGGCCGGCCCCUUGACCCCACUGGAGCGCCACUGCCUGGACCUGCAGGGGAUCCUGUGAAGCCCACAUCCUUAGAAGCGCCCUCAGCCCCCCUACUGAGCCGCUGCAUCUCCAUGCCAGUGGACAUCUCAGGCUUGCAAGGUGGCCCUCGUUCUGACUUUGACAUGGCCUAUGAACGUGGCCGGAUAUCUGUUUCCCUUCAAGAAGAGGCCUCUGGAGGCCCUCAGACAGCAUCCCCUAGGACCCCCACUCAGGAGCUCCGGGAGCAGCCAGCAGGCGCCUGUGAAUAUAGCUUCUGUGAGGAUGAGUCAGCCACAGGUGGAUGUCCCUUUGGGCCCUACCAGGGCCGCCAGACAAGCAGCAUCUUUGAGGCUGCGAAGAGAGAACUAGCCAAGCUGAUGCGGAUUGAGGACCCCUCUCUACUGAAUAGCAGAGUCUUGCUACAUCAUGCCAAAGCCGGCACCAUCAUAGCUCGCCAGGGGGACCAGGAUGUGAGCCUGCACUUUGUGCUCUGGGGCUGCCUGCAUGUGUACCAACGCAUGAUUGACAAGGCCGAGGAGGUGUGCCUGUUUGUGGCACAGCCAGGGGAGCUGGUGGGGCAGCUGGCGGUGCUCACCGGGGAACCCCUCAUCUUCACACUCCGUGCCCAAAGAGACUGCACCUUCCUCCGGAUCUCCAAAUCCGACUUCUAUGAGAUCAUGCGUGCACAGCCCAGUGUGGUGCUCAGCGCAGCUCACACGGUGGCUGCUAGGAUGUCCCCCUUCGUGCGCCAGAUGGACUUUGCCAUUGACUGGACAGCUGUGGAGGCUGGUCGCGCGCUCUACAGGCAGGGCGACCGUUCAGACUGCACCUACAUUGUACUCAAUGGGCGUCUCCGCAGUGUCAUCCAACGAGGCAGUGGCAAGAAGGAGCUAGUUGGGGAGUAUGGCCGAGGGGAUCUCAUUGGUGUGGUGGAGGCAUUGACCCGGCAGCCACGGGCCACCACUGUACACGCUGUGCGAGACACAGAGCUGGCCAAGCUCCCCGAGGGCACCUUAGGUCACAUCAAACGUCGGUACCCACAGGUCGUGACUCGCCUUAUUCAUCUGCUAAGCCAGAAAAUUCUGGGCAAUCUGCAGCAGUUGCAAGGACCCUUUCCAGCAGGCUCCGGACUCAGUGUCCCGCAGCACUCAGAGCUGACCAACCCAGCCAGCAACCUGUCCACUGUGGCUAUCCUCCCUGUGUGUGCUGAGGUGCCCAUGAUGGCCUUUACUCUGGAACUUCAGCAUGCCCUGCAAGCUAUUGGUCCCACGCUCCUCCUUAACAGUGACAUCAUCCGGGCACGCCUGGGGGCUUCAGCGCUGGAUAGCAUUCAAGAAUUCCGGCUGUCAGGGUGGCUGGCUCAGCAGGAAGAUGCCCAUCGAAUUGUACUCUACCAAACUGACACGUCCCUGACGCCUUGGACCGUCCGUUGCCUCCGCCAGGCCGACUGCAUCCUCAUUGUGGGCCUGGGGGACCAGGAACCCACUGUCGGUCAGCUGGAACAAAUGCUGGAGAACACUGCCGUGCGUGCCUUGAAGCAGCUGGUUUUGCUGCACCGGGAGGAAGGCCCUGGGCCCACGCGCACUGUAGAGUGGCUCAACAUGCGCAGCUGGUGCUCUGGACACCUGCACCUCCGCUGUCCUCGCCGCCUCUUCUCGCGUCGCAGCCCAGCUAAACUUCAUGAGCUGUAUGAGAAGGUUUUCUCCAGGCGUGCAGACCGUCACAGCGACUUCUCCCGCCUGGCACGAGUGCUCACAGGAAACACUAUUGCUCUGGUGCUGGGUGGAGGCGGGGCCAGGGGCUGCUCGCAUAUUGGGGUGCUGAAGGCAUUAGAGGAGGCAGGGGUCCCAGUCGACCUUGUGGGAGGCACAUCUAUAGGUUCCUUCAUUGGGGCCCUGUAUGCCGAGGAACGCAGCGCCAGUCGUACCAAACAGCGAGCCCGGGAGUGGGCCAAGAGCAUGACUUCUGUACUGGAGCCUGUAUUGGACCUCACAUAUCCUGUCACCUCCAUGUUUACUGGCUCGGCCUUUAACCGAAGUAUCCACCGUGUCUUCCAGGACAAGCAGAUCGAGGACCUGUGGCUGCCUUACUUCAAUGUGACCACAGACAUCACUGCAUCCGCCAUGCGUGUCCACAAAGAUGGCUCCCUGUGGCGCUAUGUGCGUGCCAGCAUGACGCUCUCGGGCUACCUGCCCCCGCUGUGCGACCCGAAGGAUGGGCACCUGCUCAUGGAUGGUGGCUACAUCAACAACCUGCCAGCGGAUAUCGCCCGCAGCAUGGGGGCCAAAACGGUCAUUGCCAUCGACGUGGGAAGCCAGGAUGAGACGGAUCUCAGCACCUAUGGGGACAGCCUGUCUGGCUGGUGGUUGCUGUGGAAACGGCUAAACCCCUGGGCAGACAAGGUAAAGGUUCCAGACAUGGCUGAGAUCCAGUCCCGCCUGGCGUAUGUGUCCUGUGUGCGGCAGCUGGAAGUUGUCAAGUCUAGUUCCUAUUGCGAGUACCUUCGUCCAUCCAUUGACUGCUUCAAGACCAUGGACUUCGGGAAGUUUGACCAGAUCUAUGAUGUGGGUUACCAGUAUGGGAAGGCUGUGUUUGGAGGCUGGACCCGUGGUGAAGUCAUUGAGAAAAUGCUCACAGACCGGAGGUCUACAGACCUUAAUGAAAGUCGCCGUGCAGAUAUACUUGCCUUCCCGAGCUCUGGCUUCACUGACUUGGCUGAGAUCGUGUCCCGGAUUGAGCCCCCAACAAGCUACGUCUCUGAUGGCUGUGCUGAUGGGGAGGAGUCGGAUUGCUUGACAGAGUAUGAGGAAGAUGCGGGACCUGACUGCUCAAGGGAUGAAGGGGGCUCUCCUGAGGGUGCCAGCCCUAGCACUGCCUCAGAGGUGGUAAGAAUGGAGCCCAAAGAUCACAUGUCCCCAGCAGAUCACAUGUGCCGUGGGAAGGAACUAGAUAGAGCCUUGGGGGUUGGUGCUGGGUGACAUGAGAACAUAAGUCUAGAGAUGGGAGAUUCAUGUCUCCCCACCUUAGGACUGACAAGCUAAACCCACACUGGUUUACUUCUGUUGCUGUGACAAAAGACUCUUCAAAGCAGCUCAGGAGAGAAAGGGUUUAUUUACAUCAUAAUCUAAGGUUACACUCAGUCUUUGCAAGGGAGUGAAGGAGGCAGGAGCUUGAGAGAACUGGUGACAUUGGGUAUGCAGUCAGAAGACAGCAAUAGAUGCAUGCGUGCCUGCACUUAGCUCUCUUUCCCCAGUCUACAGCCCUAUGUAGGGAAUGGUGCCGCCCACAGUAGGCAGAUCUUCCCACUACAAUUAACCAUGGAAAGAAACCCCCCACUCCACCCCACCCCAAUGCUCCCAGAACAACUUGAUCUAAGCACUACUUCAUUGAGACUCCACUCCUAGGGUAUUCCAGAUUAUGUCAGGUUGACAAUUAGGGUUAACCAUCACAGUGUGUUAAUGGCCCUGAGCCAGGAAAUGUGUCACGAUGCACAAGCUGACUGUUUCUAAAGUGAUGCUUAUCAAGCAAGGCUUGAGUGAAACUAAUUUUAGUGGUGAGGGUCGGGCAGCUCUGUUUGUCACAAAGUGGAUUUCAAGGCUGACAUUCACCCUGCCUGGGUGACACACAUCUGUUGCCUGUCCCUAUAGGAAGAGGAGAAGUCCACACUCCGGCAACGACGCUUUCUGCCUCAGGAGACUGGGGCUCAGUAGCAGAUGCCUGAGGACCUUGACAGGGAACCCCGGUUCCUAGACUGGGUUGUGGGUGGGCCUGUGGGGGAGCUCACACUAUUAUUCCUGCUGCUAUACUGUGACACUCCCUGGGCCUUCCCCCUUGGCUCCAAGGACCACACACUGGACUGACUUGCCCUGUCCCUAAGGGAAGGGCAAAACUGCACUGAUGACCUUUGACCAACUAUGUUACCUUCCCCCCAAUAAACUCUCACCCCUUUCGAA